UCAUCCAUUGUUUACAAAUCAAACGGCUUGUUUGUGUGCGGUGAGCGGAGCAGAGCUGCCCGGUUCCGUCCGGUUCGACUCGAGCCAAAGAGAGAUGCCGUGUUUGAAGGAGAACUACCUCGUGCUGCAGCAGUCCGUGACCGUGGACCCCGCGGAGGUGGACGCGCUGGUCACGAAGAUCGGAGAGACGCUCCAGCUCCACGGAGCGCCGGGGGGCCACCAGAGGAGCGGCCCCGGGCCCUGCGGGGCGCCGGUGGUCCCGUACCUGAAGCAGAAUCCCCAGAGCUGCUGCCUAAAGAUCCGGACCCAGCGGGGGAACCACCGGACUCGCAGCCCCUACCAGCUACCGAGCCACGCGGGGCAGAACUGGGAUCAGAUCGGUCCGUGGAACAGGAAACGGAUCCCGGUUCGGGUCCAGGAGGAAGACCCGCACCGGCUGCUCCAGGAACUCAUUCUGUCCGGAAAUCUGAUCAAGGAAGCGGUUCGGAGGCUGCAGUUCUCCCCGGACUGCAGAGACCUGCCGCGGGUUCCGGACAGCCUGCCCUGCGCCUGACGGACCGAACCGAACCCUGACAAUCAGACCGGACCUACUGGGACCUUCGGUUCUGUUUGGAUCAUUGAACACGUGCCUGUGCUGAUGAUGGAGGGUACGUGCUGGACGGGGGGAACAUGGGUGGGGGCGGGGGGGGUCACUGUGCACGCGCAGCAGACACGUGCACGGAGAAGACUUGAACAAUCACAUCCGGUUAUUUACUGAGGGCGGGGUUUGUGAUUCCCCACCC